AUGAGCCAGCCACCAUCUCCUCGCUCUACCCAGAGCCGCGUCCCUCCAUCCUCAGCCGCCUUUCUCCAGCAGCUCCACAGCGACCCCUCCUCAAACCACAUAACCCUCUCCAAUCACCGCGUUACCGCCCCACACUCUGUAGUGGCCCCCCUCGAGCCUACGGUCAGCGACACUCCUCAUGGCUUCGCGCCCCAACGUGCGCAUACCAGCCCAGUAUCGCCCAUGGCGGGGCCAUCCGUCUUCAGCAGUCUGGGCAGGAAGCCAUCAAAGAGGGGCAGGCCGAAAACUGCUCCUUCCAGGCCCGAAGACGGUGCUGCUCAAACAGGGUAUGAAAGUCCAGAACUUCCAGAAUCGAUACCUCCCCAGCCAGAGCCUGUCGGAACGCCUGCUGCCGUUGCAGACACAUGCUUGAACAUGCUUGCUGCAGAAGAGGGCCUCGCCCCUGCAAUGGACGCAUUGGCGCUGUCCAAUGAACCCAAAACAUGUAUACUGGGGAGGGCGGGUUCCCUGACGGGCACACCAGAGUCGCAAACAGGUCACAGUCGCCCUACAGUACCGACCAGCAUGAACUGGGCCAUGUUCUCUCAGGCCUAUUCGCAUGGCCUGUUCGACCCGAACAGGGUGCCAAACCCCCCGUCGGCCUCCACGACUCCCAAUACCGCCGAUCUUCAUUCCACGCGGUCAUCACCAGGCCAAAAAUACGCUAUGCCACCCAGCGUACCCCGCCGACUUGUAGAGCCCAGCAGCAGCUCUGACGACUAUAGCUCAAAGAGUUCCAAAGGCUCCAAGGGAUCGACUACGACCUCUGUGAGCUCGGCGCCGUCGACUUCUUCCGCGGGUGUUUCUUCGAACGGCCGUCCAAUGUCUAUGGCUGCUUCACUGGCGGCGCGGAAAAAGGCGUUUGAACUGGAACAUCUCCCUCUACGCCCCGAGGCGCCCGUCAUUGGCACCGACAAAUUGGCAUUUCCCUCGUACUCUCUCGCCGCUGCUACCGUCAGGAUGGCAUCUACGAGCUUUCUUGACGACUUUUCUCCGCUGGCGAUACCCAGCCCUGAGCGAGAGCUGGUUGAUCCGAUGGCCAGUGUGACAUCGGGUGAUACAAACAGCAUGCGACAAGACAGCGCCAGCUCUGACCCUGGGUCUUCACGCUUUCCUCUGCAUCAUAGCAUGUCCAGUGCCGCGAACCCGUACACUAGCGGUUUGCGGCUGCCGACGAUUCAGGCGAGUCCCGUCAACACCCCUCUCGAAGGGCCACACCGCCCAAGACUAAAAGAGAGGUCGCCACCCAGGGUUCGGCACGGCUUGGUCGACAAGAGCAAGCUUCCCGUCGCCUCUGCGCCUUUAGAAAAAACGGUCGUCACGGAAAAUGCCACAGACUAUUUCGGAGCUGCUGCUACCGCUACGUCGCCCCCCGAGACAAACUCUACAUCGUCUACAGUCACCGACAAUACCCCUAAACCACCACUCAACUCGACAGCCACGUCCACCCAACAAGUCCCAUCCCUGACGCCCUCUUCUCAAAAAGUGCCGAUACCCGCGGUGCCCGUCCCAUCAGAUAUGGCCACUAUCUACGAGCAGUACGGAUGGUUACCAGCCCCGGUGCCGCCAGAUGAAAUUGCGAGAAGAAGGGCAUUGUAUAGGUUCAACAUUUUGAAUACUGCGGCCGAUAUCAACUUUAAUCGGAUAGCACACAUGGCGAAACUGGUGUUCAACCCGAAAAUCGUGCUGUUGACCCUGAUCGACAGUGACCAGCAGUGGUACAAAACGGGCAGUGGUGUUGGUAUGGGGUCAGAUAGGGGGCCGAGAGUGUCGAGUAUUUGUAGUCACGCGAUCCUUCCCAGAUCGGACGAGCCAUUUGUGGUCUUGGAUACCAGCCAAGAUUGGCGAUUCGCAAACAACCCUAAUGUUGUAGGCCCCCCGCAUGUCCGCUUCUACGCUGGUGCCCCUCUUCGAACAUCGGACGGAUACAACAUCGGGAGUCUUUGCAUCAUCGAUGACAAACCACGAACAGAGUUUACGCCACGUUCACGUCUGAUAUUGAAAGAGUUUGCAGCUGUUGCUAUGCGGGAGAUGGAGCUGUGGCGAGAUAAGCUACAAUUGCGUGUACGCGACAAGAUCCAAACCUCUAUGGAAAAGUUCACUCGCGAAUGUCUGGAAAUGGAUACUGCAUCAGCCAGCUCCAACGCCGACGCCGCAGCCAAGAUGGAUCAAGUCUACUCUCGAGCUGCCCAAUUGGUUUGCUCGACCAUCGGCCUCGACGGUUGCUUUAUUCUUGAUACCGGCCAGAUUGAGACGAUCAUAACAGAAACGCCCGAAGGCAAAAAAGUCACCUACCGCGCCAACCCGUAUAGCGCCGAACAUACGUCCCCAGUGCUCGAGAGACGCGAGUCAUAUGGUCCGAAGCUUUCAGAGUUUCUGGAAAACCACAGAGACGGGCGUAUAUUUGAAGGCACAGCGCCUCUCUGGAUCAGGUACAUGUUCCCCUCCAAAUUUCGCUUCGGCAUGGCAGUUCCCAUUUUCGGAGUGGACCAGCAUCCUUUUGCCAUGAUUUGUGCCUAUACCGCCAACCCAGAGAAGCAGUUCCUGGAAGGGUACGAGCUACAAUUCCUUCGAGCCAUUGGUGUCAUCAUCCUCUCUGCGGUUCUACGUCGACGUAUGCUGAUGGCAGACAAGACAAAGAGUAUCCUUAUCUCUUCUGUCAGUCACGAGCUGCGAACGCCACUGCACGGGAUCCUUGCUUCCGCCGAGCUCCUCAGUGAUACCCCACUCGAUUCUAAUCAGCUGUCAUUCCUCAAAACGGUCCAGACUUGUGGUAAUUCUCUUAUCGAGACCGUCAACCACGUCCUUGACUUUACCAAGUUGAGUGGUGGCCAUAGCCAUAAGACCACCGCAACAGAUCUUGACACGGUCAAUCUGGCGUCCUUGGUCGAGCAGACCGUUGAAGGAUGUUGGAUUGGCCAAAGAGCCAGAUCGUUUUUGGGCGAUAACGACAUCGGGAGUUUCUACGCUCCCCCGUCUUCAGCGGGCUACGUGCCCAAGUCUCAGCGGGCUGCCACUGAGGAGUCGCUGUCGUAUGUGGAAACAGUCAUUGAUAUCGAUCUGAGACAAAAGGGAUGGAAUGUUCGCUGUGAAAAGGGUGGUCUCCGUCGAGUGCUCAUGAACCUGGUUGGCAAUUCAUUCAAAUUUACCAAGGACGGCUAUGUUCAAAUUUCCCUUCGCGAGAUGCCCCACCCGCCCAAUGCCAGCAAAGUCCCUAUCGAGAUGACUGUCAUUGACACCGGCAAAGGUAUUGGCAAGGAUUUCCUCAAGGAUCAGCUUUUCCAUCCAUUCUCUCAAGAGAAUCCUCUUCAAACUGGUACUGGUCUGGGUCUAGCUAUUGUCAAUUCCAUCGUUCGAUCGGAAAGUGUCAAUGGUAAAGUCGACGUUUGGUCAGCCGAGGGAGUCGGAACAGAGAUCAAGGUCACCUUCGAAGCCGAAGUCAUCGACGAGGACGACGGAGACGUUGCCGUGUCGUCAAGCUCGUCUGUUGCGUCGAAUAACACGACGAUAUCCACAUUCGGUCGCGGCAUCUCUACUGCUUUCGUCUCUUUCCUUCCAGGGCACCAAGGCCACAUGCUUUUGUGCGAGGUUCUCAUUCGCUACGUCAACUAUUGGCAAUUUGAAGUGAAGGACGCUUCCUCAGCCGAUAUCAUCAUCAUCAACGACGACGAUGAAGACCUCGAGAGUUUCAGCAAAUCGCAGAAGCCUCUGAUCUGCUUGGCAGUUGGAAGAAAGUUUGGUACCAGCAGAGUCGUCGAAUCCAUCAAUAGGAGCGGUGGCUUCUGUCGUGUGGUUUUCAAACCUGUCGGUCCUACGGCUCUCCAGAAAGCACUCCUUGAGGCUUCAGAGUGGAUAGAAGAACGGGACCAGAGCGGGGAGCGCGAUCCUGUUGGAGAUCAUCUUCAUCUCAGCAUUGGAAGAGAGAACGUUGUGAACAGGCCUUCAUUUUCACGUGGAUCCUCCGGUGCCAGUCAGGAUUCUGCGUCCACGAUCAGCGGGAUCUCCUCCAUGAUAUCUAUGCCGAGGCCUCACAUCCCGCAAAGCAAUUCCAGAUUGCCUCUACAGCGCCGUAGGUCCGAAGAGAAUGAGCAUGCGCCCAGAAGGCCUAGCAUGGCGCCUCGCGGGAUGACCUUCCACAGCUCUCGUCGCAUCGUCACGCCGGGUCUAGGCGAUACUCCUUUGUCGUCACCAACGUUGAGUCAAGACUCUCCUACCUCGACACUGUCGACCAUCUCGCUAGCAGACGGGGGACUCAUGUUGAAGGCAGCAGCUGUCUCGUCUGGGACGCCAAGAAAGGAGAGGAAGGGUAGAGUGAUGGUUGUGGAAGACAACGCCAUUAACCGAAGAGUAUUGGCCGCGUUUCUGAGGAAGAAGGGAUUCGAGUACGCAGAGGCGGUAGAUGGUCAAGAAGGUGUCGAUCUCUUUGAGGCUUCGCCACCAAAUACCUGGGACGUCAUUCUCAUGGACAUAACCAUGCCAAAUUUAAAUGGCCAUCAGGCUACUCGCGCCAUCCGCCGUAUCGAAGCUCUUCGUCGGAACAAUCUAUCGGACAUUCCCAUGGCGAGAACCAAGAUCUUUGCUUUGACCGGACUUGCCACGCCAGAUGACAAGAGGGAGGCGUUCGGGAGUGGAGUUGACGGAUAUCUCGUAAAACCUGUAUCAUUAGCUAGUUUGGACAUCAUCCUGAGGAAAAUCGGGUUCUGA